AUGCCAAAGCUUGAACAAUUUGAGAUCAAAAAGUAUUGGCAAAUUUUCUCCGGAUUGAAACCGGUGGAAAAUAAGUUGACCCAUGAUCAAGUACUGCCUAUCCUUUUCAAUUCUAAAUUGGACACCUCGAUACUUAACAAAAUAUGGUUUUUGGCCGAUAUCGAUGAUGAUGAUCAACUAGAUUUUGAAGAGUUUGUGAUUUGUAUGAGAAUGAUAUUUGACAUGGUUAAUAAAAACAUAGAUUCUGUACCAGAUGAAUUGCCAGAUUGGUUGAUUCCCGGUUCAAAAGCCGAAUUAGUCAAACAAAGAAAAACUGAACGUAGUAGCGGAACAGCAGAAACAAGUUCUGUGGUCAAUGUUCCGACAUCUUCGCCAGCUGUAGACGAUUAUCAAAAAGAAGUUGAUUGGUAUAUAUCAAGAGAUGAUAAGUCACAAUACGAAUCAAUUUAUGAAUCAGCCAUAACCUCUAGAGACAAUAGUGUAUCUUAUGUUUCACUAUCCUCCGCCGUUAGAUCGAAGUAUAUCAAUCUAUCAUCUCAAGAUUUAGAAAAAACGUGGCGUUUGGUUAAUCCUAAGCUUGACACUUCCAUAGAUAAGGAUCCAGCACUAUACUUUAUUCAUAUUCUGAGACAAGUGAACGACUAUGCUUGCCCAAUACCAUCACAUUUACCUUCAGCAUUGAAAGAAACUUUUACAAAGACUAGAGUUUCCACGGAUUUGUCUUCCAAGCAGAGCGAAGUAAGAAGGCCAACACUAUCCACAUCUAACUCUUCAUCUUACCAAAUACCAAAACGUGGUGGUACUGAUUUUUCUGUUACUCAGGGAACUGAUUGGGAAGUAGUCAGACUUCAAAGGGAAUUGGCAAAUAUUGACUCUGAAUUAUCGUCAGCACAGCAACAAUCCACCUCUCAUAAUGACUCAAAUGAUAGAAUGAAAUUAGUAAAACAACAGUUAGAACAGUUCUUGGAAUACCAAAAAAACCUUGUCAAUAAUUCCAAUACUUCUUCAGAAAGCGUUGAUGUUGGAGGUUUGAGGGAUGAUAUAGAGAGUAUUGAGCAGCAAGUACAAAUGUUGGAGGAGUACCUGAAAACAAAGAAGUCGGAACUGCAUAAUUUGAAGAUAGAGGUGCAAUCUCUUUACUGA